CUACGCAAUCCCUCACCCCACCAUGGAUAUGCAUCAUAUGUCGAGUACGUCCAACUCGAGCGCCUGCUCGGUGACGAUGCUGUGGAAUUGGACCACAAUUGAUGCCUGCUUCCUCUCCUCCUCCUGGCACAUCACCACCGCCGGCCAAUUCGCUGUCUCCUGCAUCGGUGUCGCCUUCCUGGUCAUCGUGCUCGAUUUCCUGCGCCUGCUGAGCAAGCAGUACGAGGAGCGUCUGCAGCGCCAGUUCCAGCGUCAUGUCGCCGCCCAGACGGCCUCGGAGCGCAUGCAGUUCUUCUGCGGCGACUCGCUCGAGAACGGGCCCACCGUCCUCACCUUCCGCGCCAGUCCCGGGCAGCAAUUGAUGCGGGCUGUGCUGCAUACCCUGCAGUUCGGGCUGGCGUAUCUGAUCAUGCUGAUUGCCAUGUUCUACAAUGGCUACAUGAUCAUCUCGAUUUUCCUUGGAGCGUUCCUGGGGAAGGUGUUUUGCGACCGGGGCGAGUAUCGCGUCGUGGUGGCCAGGCCGGCUGCCAGGGUGACUCCAAUGGAGACAUCAGGAGGGGAGAAACCGGAGGAGUGGACGACGGGGUGCUGUGGUUAGAUCUGUUUCAAGAGAUUUGCUGCUACUUCUGUUCAGUUGUUGAUUGUAUUGGAUUGUAUAUAUUGUGCUGCGGUCGAGUGGGAGAUUCUUAUGUACAUCGAAAGGCAUGCAUAAUUCCUGCUUAGUCAUGCAACUCGCCGA